GAUUCUUGAAAACAAUUUAAAAAUAUAUAUAUAUAAAAAGAUUAAUCGAAUAUUGAGAUAUGGACGGCGGCGGAGCUGGUGGAGGCGGCGCCGGAGCUCAGUACAACCCGCGCACAGUGGAGGAAGUGUUUAGAGAUUUUAAGGGACGGAGAGCUGGCAUGAUCAGGGCUCUUACUUCAGAUGUUGAAGAGUUCUAUCAGCAGUGUGAUCCUGAGAAGGAGAAUCUCUGCUUGUAUGGCUUCCCUAGUGAGCAAUGGGAAGUCAAUUUACCAGCUGAAGAAGUGCCUCCGGAGCUCCCAGAGCCUGCUUUGGGUAUCAACUUUGCAAGAGAUGGCAUGCAAGAAAAGGACUGGUUGUCUUUAGUUGCUGUCCAUAGUGAUGCAUGGCUGCUGGCUGUUGCAUUUUAUUUUGGUGCCAGAUUUGGAUUUGAUAAGGCUGACAGAAAACGACUUUUUAAUAUGAUAAAUGAUCUUCCAACAAUAUUUGAAGUUGUAACUGGUGCUGCAAAGAAACAACAAGUAAAGGAGAAGACAUCAGUCUCAAAUCAUAGUAGCAACAAGUCCAAGUCAAACUCCAAACCGCAACGAGGAUCUGAAUCUCAGGCAAAGUACUCGAAGCCAUUGCAGCCGAAAGACGAAGACGAGGGCUUGGACGAUGAAGAUGAAGAUGAGCAUGGUGAAACUUUGUGUGGGGCAUGUGGCGAGAACUAUGCAUCAGAUGAAUUCUGGAUUUGCUGUGACAUCUGCGAAAAAUGGUUCCAUGGGAAGUGUGUGAAGAUCACCCCAGCGAGGGCUGAGCAUAUCAAGCAGUAUAAGUGCCCUUCAUGCAGCAACAAGAGAGCUCGCCCGUGAUUUAGUUUUCUCUCUCUUUGUAGACUGCUAACUUGCCCCGUCCAUCAGUUUCUCUGUUUACCAGUUCUAUCAGUAGUUCAGCUUGUGAAUGGUUAUGGAUACUUAAGUUUAGGAGAUCUCAGUUUUCAAGAUGAUACUGUUUAUCUUGUCCAUUUGGUCGUAUGUGAUACAUAAUUGUAGUUUAUCUUUCUUAAUUCAGUAGGCAAAUCCUGCUAUCCAAUUGUUAAACACUCAAAUCUUCUCCCUUUUUGGUUGGUUUAGGACUCAUUUCAUGCUGUUGUAUCGAAUAUUUCUCUAUAAAUCCAACUGCCCCUUCUGCUUUCAA